CUAAUCGAUGUAUUUCCACCUCUAGCGUCUGCCUUUCGUCACCGGAUUUUUGUUUUUCGUUUUUUUGCGUACAUUUGCCACCGGUAUAUUUAAUUUUAGGUCUUUUGGGUGCCCAAGAUGGGCUCCUCGAAGAAGCACAAGAAAAACAAGUCUGAGCGACGCGAGAAAUAUGAGGAAUACAGUCAGCACCAGGAUCCGGCUCAACUGCAGCGGGGACUGAAGCUAAUCCUCAAGGUGGGAUCGAAUGCCACGCCAGAGUACAGUGCCAAUUCGCCAAUGGUGGACGGAGGUCCACCCACAGCCGCCGAGGCCAUGAUGUCGCCCGUUCCCGAGGAACUCCAGGAGAACCAGGUUCAUCGUGAGCGUCACAAGAAGUCCAAGAAAAAGAAGAAGAAGAAGGAUCGAGAGAAGAAGCACAAGCACCACAAGGAGAAGCGCCACAGAAGCAGGGAUCGCCAUCGGGAUGUGGGUUCAGCCGAUGAGGAUAUGGUCCCGAGUGCCGACGAUGCCGCCUGCAGUGGUUUUGCUCCACCUUCGGUGGCUCCACCGGCCGUCGAUCCGGAUUCCAGUCAGGAUGGCUUUAGCUUCAUGGACGACGAUCAGUCUCAGCCGCUGCCCGAGAGUAUCCUGUUCUUUGCGGGCAUCACCACAGAUAACUCGCCGUCCAAUUGUCCAGUGACCAAGCCCAUUGCUCCGCGCAAGUUGGACGAUAUCCUGAUGGGCUCCUCGCCCAACUCCUCGUCCCUGCAAUCCUCCUCACUGGGAUUGGUGGGCAGCAGUCCAACCAAGCCUUUGCCCGAUCUUUUGAUACCUUCUCCAUCCACGCCAGGCGGUGCUAGCUCCCAAAAUGCUCUUACGCCCAAGGCUCUGGAGGCACCAAAGACCCCCAGCAGUUCCAGUGAGUCGGGCAGAGAGCCACGGAGCUGUGUGCUUAAGCUGAAGCAGCAGAAAUCGCCAUUAAAUAAGCUGCUGGAGCAUCUGCUGCGCUUCCUGGAGAAGCGGGAUCCCCACCAGUUCUUCGCCUGGCCAGUGACUGAUGACAUGGCCCCCGGUUACUCCUCCAUAAUUAGCAAGCCCAUGGACUUCUCCACAAUGCGACAAAAGAUCGAUGAUCAUGAGUAUGCCGCUUUGACGGAGUUUAGUGAUGACUUUAAGCUGAUGUGCGAGAAUGCCAUUAAGUACAACCACGUGGAUACGGUCUAUAACAAGGCAGCCAAGCGACUGCUCCAAGUGGGAAUGAAGCAUCUGCAGCCGGAGAAUUUGAUGAGAAGCCUUAAACCACUCUCGGGCUAUAUGAGAGAGCUUACUGCUAAAGAACUAGGAUUCGAACUGAGUUCCAACGAUAUGUCACGGGAAACGCAUGAUUCGGCGGACGAAGGGGCUUCAACGGGAGCAGAGGAGCCACCCACUCCUGCCCAACUAGAGGAAGAGGAGCGCAAGCGGGCUCUCCGCUUAGAGAAUGCCCCAAAAACACAUUUCGAGCCUUUUGUAGACGAUUUAACGGGAGAGGAGAUCCUAGCGCAAGUGCAAAAUGCCGCCCAACAGGCAAAGCAGAGGGUUAAUGCCAAGAAAAAUGCCCACAAGAUGGGUUUCCUGCGACAAACCAAGGACGGCAGCACCACCCUGAAUCUUCUGACCAAAGAGGAGAACGAGGGUCCUGAAAAGGUAGUAACCAUUGGCGAUCUGGUGGGCAAACUGCAAACGGGAAGCACGCAGCUACAGGUGCGGCAGGUUGACAAGAGGAAUGCCAUGAAGCCAGUGAAACCAUUGAGCUAUGGUGCCUUUGCCAGUUUUGCGCCCACUUUUGAUUCCCGCUUUUCCACUCUAAGUGCCGAAGAAACUCAAUUAGUUCUGCGCACGUAUGGGGAUGCCUCCAGUGCGGAAUAUGCGGAGAGCAUCCUGCAGUUCACCAAGGACUCUAGCUAUGGUACCACCAUUGCAAAUGGGCUGCUGGAUAUCCUCACAAACGGAGAGCACAGCAAAUCUUUGGACGAGCUUUACAACAUGCAAUUGCAUUCGUAUGAGCAAAGCGAGAUUGAAAAGUGCUUUGAACAGGAGGAGGAAAUCGCUUGCCGGCAGGAAACCGCCGAGCAAAUCGAGCAAGAGUACGAGAAAUACAAAAACACUCCUGUGGACUUUAAACGAUUGCAAUCUCUCGCGGAUUUGGGCAUCGAUAUGAGCUUCUUGGACGGCAUGGAGGCUGAAAUGAAGAAUUUCGAGCUCAACAGGCGAAUGCACGAACACCUCAGUCAAAACUUGACGCUAAUUGAGAAGCUGCGAGUGACCCAGCAUGAUCGUUUGUCACAGCCCUUGCCGAAUCACCUGGGACUAGUGCAGCCAGCUGGUCAGGAGGAGGCCCAAACCGCCCAGCAAUUGACUCAGCAAAUCAGCGAUCUGGCCAAGAAACUGCCGCCUUCUGCCAUUGCCGAUCCCUAUGCCUUGCGAAAGGCCAUGGGCAUGACCUACGCUGGCCUGCCGCCACCACGUCCAGUUUCUCCGCGCGUCCAGCUGCCCGAGCUGCUGCAACAGCCGGUGGCUCUGCCCCAAUUGCCACCGGUGGCGAUGGAGAUCGACGAGGCGGAUGAGCAGCAUGGCGGUGGCGAUCUGGAAAAUGAGCUGCGCGAGUUUCUCGAAAGCGGUUCCGGCCUGCACUCAGCCAAUCCGGCGGAUGACAACAGCAUUGUGGCCCAGCUGCUGCUGAACUAGGGGAUCGAGCCAUCUCCAUGACGCGCGCUAUGUUUAUAAUGUAAGAUAAUGAAAUUUCUCUAAAUUAUUUUCAUAUAUUCACUGGCAGUUGCAUUCUAAAUAAAAUGUAAGCUAAUACUAAAGAA